UUUUUUUUCCCAAUUUCAUUGGGAAAGCUUACCAAUUUCAUUGAAUUUGAUUCAGGAGAGAGAGAGAGAGAGAGAGCAGGGUGAUGAAACCAUAGAUUAAUUCUCAAAUCAAAUGGCCUCAACAUCUACUUCUUCUUCUUCUUCUUCUUCUUCUUCUUCUUCUUCUUCUUCACUAAUUAGGUCCUCUGCAAGCAAUACAGACGAAUGGAACUUGAGGAAGAAAUAUGUCGAGGGAUUCUUACAAAGACUUGGAGCUUCCAAAGAUCUUCCUGAAACUCAUCAGAAAAAGGGUUUUGUCUCUGAUAUGAUGAGAAAUCUACUCAAGGUCGAUCGUAUUGGACGUGGUCGUAUCGUUUGUCACCUCACUGUCAAGCGUCUAGUCACUAAUGCUUAUGGUACGUUUCAUGGAGGUACAGUUGCUGGAGUUGCUGAAUUGAUAGCAAUAGCUUGUGCUAGAACUGUUGUUGAUGAAGAUAGGAAGUUGUUUCUUGGAGAAAUGAGUCUGUCUUAUCUCUCUGCUUCUGCUAUAAAUGUAGAAUUGGAAAUUGAUGGAUGCAUAGUGAAGAGUGGCAGGAAUGUAACUACAACAUCUGUUGAGUUCAGAGUCAGGGGAACAAAGAAAGUUGUUUAUACUGCUCGUGCUACCUUCUUUACGGCACCGGUUUCAAAAGUAUGAGAAGACAUUGUAACAUACAAAAAAGAAGAGAAACCAUUCUUUUUUGUUCAUUGUAGACUUGUAGUGUGUUGUAUUUACUACUUAAUAGGAGAUCUAUGACAUUAUACUUCAGCAUAUCACUGAAAAUAUGUAUCAUCGAUGAUGAUUAUACGGGUCAUUAUUUAGUUAACUUGAUUGAAAGUGUUCUCUCUUA